AUGAAAGAGAGGAAGAAGGUGUCAAAAGUGAAAGAAAGUAAGAAAAGCCUAGUUGAAAAUGAUAAUUUUUGUUUAAAUAAUUAUAGGAAUAAUUUUUAUAUGGAAAAUGAUAAUAAGAAAAAUAUGAAAGAAGAAAAAGAGGAGAGAAAGGAAAUAUUUACUUCUAGGAAUAACGACAGUUUAGUAGAUGUAGACUAUAAUAAGAUGAUGAAUGAUAUAAAUAAGUAUGAAAAUACGAUAUUGAAUAGUAAUAAUAGUAGGUGUAAUAAUUUUCCUAAUUAUGAUCAAAUUAUUUAUAAUAACAAUGUUUUAAGUAAUGGUCCUGUGAAUAAUAGUGUUAACAGUAAUAAUACGAACAAUAAUAUGAUGAAUAAUAAUAUGAUGAAUAGUAACAUGAUGAAUAAUAAUAGAAUGAACAAUAAUAUUAUGAACAGCAACAUGAUGAAUGAUAAUAUGAUGAAUGAUAAUAUGAUGAACGAUAAUAUGAUGAACGACAACAUGAUGAACGAUAAUAUGAUGAACGAUAAUAUGAUGAACGAUAAUAUGAUGAACGAUAAUAUGAUGAACGAUAAUAUGAUGAGUAAUAAUAUUAUGAACAACAAUAUUAUGAACAACAAUAUUAUGAACAAUAAUAUUAUGAACAAUAAUAUUAUGAACAAUAAUAUUAUUAACAAGAGUAAUUUUUCAGAGGUAACAAAUUACUCAACCAGUAAUAAAGAACCUUUUAUUCAAACACAAAAUAUGUAUUUGAAAGACGCUAAUAAUAAUUUAAACAGUUGUUAUGUUAAUACAAGUAUGUGUGAUAGUAUAUGUAGUAACAUGUCUAAUAAUGUUAGUAAUAACAUGGUUGACAAAAUUACAGUUGAUCAUUCUUGUAUGAGCAACAAUAGUAAUGACCAUAAUAAUAAUAGUAAUUGUAACUAUUAUUAUAAUAAUAAUAAUGAUUAUAAUAAUGAUUAUAAUAAUGAUUAUAAUAAUGAUUACAAUAAUGAUUACAAUAAUGAUUACAAUAAUGAUUACAAUAAUAAUUAUUAUAAUAAUACAAAAGGACAAGAAGGCCAAAAACAAGGAAAAAUUGGAAAUGGAAAAUUAGUUAAUAUGGAUAACAUGUUCAAUAUAAAUGAGCACAAUAAUAUAUAUAGAGAGAGAAUAGAUUCAUUAAAUACUGUUAACAAUACAAGUAAUUAUAAAUAUAAUAAUUAUGUAAAUAUUAUUAAUAAUGAUGAAAAUAAUAAUAAUAAUAAUAAUAAUAAUAAUGCGAAUUAUAAAAAUAUGGAAAAUCCACCUUUUAAAACCGUAACAAAUAUGAAAUAUGCUGAAAAUUUAUUAAAAGAUUCAAAUGAUAUUCAUGUUGUAAAAAAUGACGUAUCCCUUUUUAAUCAUACAUGUGACAUAGUAUCUAAUCCAUAUAAUAAUAAUAAUAAUAAUAAUUGUGGUAGUAGUAAUAAUAUAAUUCAUAGUAAUCCAUUGGUAGAAAAUACAUCCUCUUUUUGUAGUGAAAAUCAUACUUCCAUAUAUCCACCCAAAAAUAAAAAAAACAAUUACAAUAAUAAUAAUAAUAAUAAUAAUGAUAAUAAACAAUUAUGCAAUUUUAAUAAUACAAGUUAUAAUUUUCCCGAACAAACCCAUAUUAAUUGUGAUUUAUCCAAUAAUAAUAAUUAUGCUGUUUUAACAAAUAAAUAUAACAGUAACCUGAAUAACGAAUCAUAUAAUGUUAGUACAUGCAAUAAUAAUAAUGAUUUUAAUCAUGCCAAUAAUAAUAAUAAUAAUUAUAAUAUACAAAAUAUAAAUAUAAAAGAUAUUAAUGUCAAUAUAAAAUUAGAAAAUUAUUUUAACGAGGUAUUAAAUAAUAAUAAUAAUACUAAGGAAUAUAUAAAUAAUACUUAUAUGAAUAAACACAUUGAUAUUGACACACAACAUAUGAAUGUUCACUUAAAUAAUAGCAUUAAAUCUAUAAAUAUGGAUAAUAAUCUUGAGCAUAUAAAUUUCCCCAUGAUGGAAACACAACCAAAUACACCACAUAUAUUUAAUAACAUAUUAAAUAAUAAUCAUAGUAAUAAUUUUGAAUCCGAUAGUGUAAUAUCUAACAUAAAAGAAAUUACUAGAAAUAAUAUAACUGAUGAUUCGUCUGUUAUAAGAAAUUUAUUAAAUAAUAAUCAAAUGGAUCAUAAAUUAGUAAAUAAUAAUAAUAAUAAUAAUUAUAUUAAUAAUGAUAUUAAAAAAAUGGAUGGGGGAGGAAAUGUUAAUCUUCAAAAUAUGCCCAAAACCAUGAGUAUUGUAACAAAUGCUGUUACCAAUAGUGUAACAUCAUCAUUAGGUAAUGUUUUGGAAAAUAUAAAAAGACCAUCUCAAUAUAUGAAUAAUAUGAGUUAUUUGGGAAAUGUGAAUAAAUAUAUAAAUAAAAAUGAUGAACAUUUAUCUUUUAAUAAGGAAGAUAAUAUCAUAGGUAAUAAUAAUAAUAAUAAUAAUGCUGAAAAUACAAAGAAUCAUAAUAUUAAUAGUAAUGAUAAUAAUAAUGAUAAUAAUAAUGAUAAUAAUAAUGAUAAUAAUAAUGAUGAUAGUGGUAAUAAUAAUUAUAAUAAUCAUCAUCUUAACAAGCAUGACAAAAUAAAUAACAAUUUUAAUAGUAAUUGGAUACGAAAAUUAAAAAGUUUUGGUGCGUCUUCAGAUAAUGAAGAUGAAAAUGAGGAGUUACCUAUUAAUGCUAAUCAUAAUUUUUAUAUUAAUAAUUUUUUAUUAAAUCAACAUUUUAAUUUUAAUAAAAAUGAUAAUAUAAGAGAUAUUAAUAGUAAAAUGUCUGGUGGAAAUUCCAUUUCGGAGGAUAACGAUAUGAAUCAUAAUAAUAUCAACAGUAAUAAUAAUAAUAUAAAUAGUCAUAAUAAUAAUAUGAACAAUAAUAAUGAUAAUAUGAACAAUAUGAACAAUAAUAAUAAUAAUAUCAACAAUAUGAACAAUAAUAAUAAUAAUAUCAACAAUAUGAACAAUAAUAAUAAUAAUAUCAACAAUAUGAACAAUAAUAAUAAUAAUAUGAACAAUAUGAACAAUAAUAAUAAUAAUAUCAACAAUAAUAAUAAUAAUAAUAACCAUAACAAUAAUAGUAGUAAUGGUAAAAAUAUGGAUACUGCUAUGAACAGCUUGAAUAUGCUAAUCCUACCAAAAAUUAAAGGAGUUCGUUUUGAUAAAUCUGGGAGGAGGUGGGUAGCUAGCUGGAGCCAGAACGGAAAUCAAAAGAGACAAUAUUUCCCUGUUAAGAAAUUUGGUCAGGCACAAGCUAAAUAUUUAGCUAUUUAUGCAAGAAUACAAGCAGUUAAUUGCUUACAAAGGAAACCACAUAAACCUAGGAUGUCCAAACGAUUAAGUGAAAAGAAAAAAUUAUUAUUAAAUAUGGAAGGCAAAGAAAAAAAUGAACUUGGUAAUAAUGAGUGUAAUAAUAAUAACAACAAUUAUAUUAGUAAAAAUGGUGAUGAAGAUGAUGAUAAUAUUGAAGAUAGUUAUAAUGAUGACGAAAUUUGUGAAGAUGAAGAAAAUUAUGUUGAUAUUGAUCAUAAUGAUGAUGAACAUUAUGAUAUUGACGAUAAUGAUGAUAAUGGUGAUAAUGGUGAUAAUAGUCAUAAUGAUGAUAAUGAUGAUGAACAUUAUGAUAUUACUAAUAAUGAUAAUGACAAUAAUAAUAAUGAUAAUAAUAAUGAUAAUAAUAAUGAUAAUAAUAAUGAUAAUAAUAAUAAUAAUAAUAAUAAUAAUAAUAAUAAUGAUAAUAAUAAUAAUGAUAUUAAAAUCAUGGAUCAACAGAGUGGUGACAAAGAAUAUGUAGGGAUUUUAAAUAAUGAGUCCAAAAAUGUAGGGAAAAAUAUAGGGCAAAAUAUAGGGCAAAAUAUAGGGCAAAAUGUAGGGAAAAAUGUAGGAAAAAAUAUAGGAAAAAAUGUAGAAAAAAAUAUAGGUCCAGAUAUAAAAGAUGAAUAUAUGAAAAGUAUAACAAAUAAUGAUACACAAACAAAAGACCAAGAUAUAGCAAAUGAAACUACAAAAAUAAUAUACCCAAAUAAUAUAACCGAUAAUAACCAUAUUGUAAAUGAUAAUGUAUGUCUUAUUAUGGCUAGUAAUAAUUUGGAGAAUAUUCCAGAAGAUAAAAAACAUGAACAGAAUGUUACAAUACAUAGCAUCGAUGAACAAAAAGAUCAGAGCAAUAAAUUUUUAAGAGAAAGGAAAAACAAAAGGAUGCACAAUAAUUAUGACAACUUUUAUGAUAACAGUUUUAAAAAAAAGUUAUCUGAUUAUAAUGAAGAAAUAAAUAAAUCAUCUGAUGAAGAAAAGGAAGUGUCUCAAACAAAUUCUUUAAAAUAUAAAUGUGAAGAAGAAAAUGAUCAAAAUUAUGAUAAGCAAGAAAGAAAAAUUCUUCAAAAUGAUACAAACGAAUGUGAAAUAAUAUGUAUAAAUUUGGAAAGUACUAAACAAAUUGAUAACCUAAAAGAUUUAUCAUUACAUAAGGAGGAAAAUAAUAAUAAUGAUGAUAUAUAUAAUAUAGACAAUAUAGAUAAUGUUUUAUUAGAUGAAAUAUUAAGAGUACAAAAUGCAUGUAGAAAAGGAAAAAAGAAAGAAAUUAAAUUAAUUUUAUUAAAUGCAGAAAAUAAAAUGACAUUAUGUUUUGAUGAAAAGGAUAAAAUUAAUUAUAUGAAUGAUAUUGAUACAAUAAAAAAUCUUGAUGUUAAUAAAAAAAAUUUAUUACUUAAUAAAUUAAAGGAUUAUUAUAAUAAUAAUAAUAAUAAUAUAUUUUUAAUAGAACAGCAUAAUGAAUGUACCAUCUCACAAAUUAAUUAUGAAGAUAUAGAAAGCAUUAAAGAUGAUGUUCUUAUAGAAUAUUAUGAUUGUCAAGAGAAUUAUAAUAAAAAUAGGAAUGGAAAAAAUACAGAUCAUGCAAAAAAUGUAAUAGACCAAAAAAAAAAGGGAGAAAAUGUUUUUAUUGUCGAAGAAAUAAAAAAUUGUAAAAACCAAAUUUCUUGUGAUAAUCUAAAUAAAGAUAAAUUAAAUGACACUAUGAUACAUGAUGAAUUGUAUCAUUCUAUUGAAUUUGAUAUCGAUAAGGAUGAUAAAAAGGAAGAAACAGAAUAUAAAGAAAAUAAUAAAUUAUUAGAAAAGGAAUAUUAUUCUAUUAUGAAAAGUACUGAAGAUAAUGUAGAACAAGUUUCCACAACACAGAAUAUUGAAAUAACAUAUUCUUGUGGCACUAACAAUUCUUUAAAUAUAAAUAAUUUAAAAAAUAAUAAAAAUGACGAUAUAAAAAAGAACAUUACAAAUAAUAAUAAUAAUAAUAAUAAUAAAAUAAAUAAUAAUAAUAACAAUAGUGAUGGUGAUGGUGAUAAAGGUAGUUAUAAUUCAUAUAAUGCUAAGCAAAAAAAUCGUAGAAGAUAUGAAUAUAUGAAAAAAUUAGAUAUGAGGAAAAGACAAAACAAUUUAGAUAUCAUGAGACAUGUACAAAAUUAUCAUAUUAAUAAUAGCAAAGUAAUUAAGAAAAAAAAAGUUUUAAAAAAUACAUUAAGUCUUAUUAAAAAUACAGUUUCAAAUAAUGACGAUGAUGAUACAUAUAAUAAUUUAUGUCCAUUAGAUGUAUCAAAUAACGAUAUGGUAGAUAGUGAGUUCUCCUUAAAUACAAAUUUUUCUGAUAAGAAUAAAAAAGCAAACCCUUUUAAAGGGACUAAAAACAAGUUGUCCUUAUUUUAUAAUAAGAAUAGUAUAAAUAAUAUUAAAAAUAGUAUGUUGCUGUUAAACGAUAUCAAGAGGAUAGUAGAUUCUGGGGCGAAUGAUUCAAUCCUUAACGAUAAUUCAAAUUUAUCUAAUAAGGAAGAUACAAAUAAGGUUUCAAAGAAUAGUACUUCCUUUUUAAAACAAGAAAAUAUUAAAAAAGAAAAAAAUUAUGAAUUAAAAGGAAAUAGCACCAUAAAUAAUAACAACAACAACAACAAUAAUAAUAAUAAUAAUAAUAAUAAUAAUAAUAAUAGUAGUAGUAGUAAUAAUAAUGAUAAUAAUUUGAAGGGACUUUUUACUGGUGAGAAAAAAACAUGCAUGAAGAGUUAUUUGGUAAAUUGUAAUAAAAUUGAAAAAUUUAUUCAAAAUAAUAUGAUUGAAGGAUAUCUUAAUAAGAAAUCAUCUAUUUUUAAUAUGAAUAAUGAAGAGGAGAAUAAGUUAGGAAAUAACUUUAUGAAAUAUAAUUCGAGUAAACAUGAUGAAAAGAAUAAUGUAGACUUAUUAAACGGAGAAAAUAAUAAUAUAAAAUUGUAUGGUUUAGAUAGUUUCCAUAAACCUGAUUUGAUAAAAAAUAAGAAUGUUACUAAAAAUAAAAUGAAAACAAUAUUUAGUAAGAAAAUAUGUUCUAAUGAAAAUGGGAAAGAUCAUAAGGGUGUAGUUGAAGAUGAGUAUAAAGUAGAAUCUGUUCAACAAAAUGAAAUGUUAGAUGGAGACCAAAAUUAUUUUACAAUUUUUGAUGAUAAAAAUGGGGAACAAAAUAGUAGUGCAAUAUUUUAUAACAAUAAUAAUAAUCAUGGUAAUUUACAUUUUCCGCUAACUAAUCAAAAUGAGAUUAAUUUAUGUGAAGAGAAAAGGAGUAAUUUUGUCAACCCUUAUAUAAAAAAUAUAAUAAACAAGGAUUAUAAACAGAACUUUAUUAAUGAUAAUAGUAAUAAUUGUAAUAUUCUUAACCAUAAUAUAAACCCUAUUAAUGAAGAGAAUAUAAAUUAUAAUAAUAGUAUUGAAUAUGAUAAAAAUGAUGGAAAUAUAUUAAAUAAUAAUACAAAAAGUACAUCAGCAUAUAUAUAUUCUACAAAUCGUAAUAAUUAUAAUUCCACGUAUCAUAUGGAUAAUAUUGCUUAUGAUAAUCAUAAGAGUACCUUGGAUAAUAAGAACUGUGAUAAGAAUAUUAUUAUUGUCGACCAUAAUAUGAAUAAUUCAAAUAAUAGUUAUGUACUUAAUAAUGUGAGGAAAGAUAUAACUAUUAUAAAUAACGAAAGAGCAAGCCAUGGUAGUAAAUUUGUUUUACAACACAAUAUGGAUAAUAUGGAAAAUAUAGAUAAUAUGGAAAAUAUAGAUAAUAUGGAAAAUAUAGAUAAUAUGGAAAAUAUAGAUAAUAUGGAAAAUAUAGAUAAUAUGGAAAAUAUAGAUAAUAUAGAUAAUAUAGAUAAUAUAGAUAAUACAGAUAAUAUAAAUAAUAAUAUAAUUGGUAUGGUAAGCAACACUUCUAUGGAUAUAUUAUCUAAUAAUGGGGAAUAUAUUUCGUCGCCUAUCACAAACAAUUUAUCUUACAAUCAUAUGGUUAAUGGUAAUGUAGUGAGUGAAUUUAUAAAAAAUGAUGAUAUGAUAAAUAUGGAUGGUGUGAAUGAUAUGAAUAAUAUGGAUAAUAUGAACAAUAUGAAUAAUAUGGAUAAUAUGAAUAAUAUGAACAAUAUGAAUCAUAUGAAUAAUAUGGAUAAUAUUAAUAAUAUGAAUAAUAUGAACAAUAUGAACAAUAUGAACAAUAUGAACAAUAUGAAUAAUAUGAACAAUAUGAACAAUAUGAAUAAUAUGAAUAAUAUGAAUAAUAUGAAUAAUAUGAAUCAUGUGAAUAGCAUAAGUGAUGAAAAUGUAAAGCUCUUAAAUAUAGAAAACAUACAAACCGAAUUAACAUCAUCAAAUAAUAACAAAUUAAACAAUAUUUAUUCAAAUGGAUAUAUAAAUAAUUGUAUUAAUAGAUAUGCUAAUAAUUAUUCAAAUGAAUCUAGUAAUAAUUUUACAAAUAAUUAUAAGAAUAAUUUUAAUAAUGUAUAUCAAAAUCCCUUCACACAUAACCAUCCCAGUGACUAUAAUAACGAGAUAAUACAUAUGAACCUUGUACAAAAUAACGUAGUCGCUGAUAAAAUUAGGAAUAUGGAUAAUUAUAGUACAUAUAAUGAUUGUUAUAAUAAUAAAGAGGAAAAUCAACAGAGAAAUAAUUUAAGACAAAAUUAUAAUACAAAUAAAGUAAGUAAUAGUAUAUACAAACCUAUUUAUAUGUAA